UUCUUACCUAAUCUGAAAGCCAAACAUACACAAACAUGGCGAUAUCAGGAGCAGCCAGGAUGCACUCCUCUCUUCGGUUGUGUUUAUUAGUCCUGUCGGUUUGUGCGGUUCAUUCGUCCACCCUUCGCCUCCACUCGGACCAGCGGUACAUGCUGCCGCAAAACAGAGGAUUUUUCACGAUAAACGCGCGUGAGGAUUUAGCGGACGGGGAUGGAGGAGGCGCCGCGGCUCCAUCGCUGCGACUGGCCGCCCGUCGGCGCACCGAGGGCGGGCAGGACUCCGGCGCCCUUCCGCUGCAUCGAAGCCGCCGGAGCAGCGGAGACUCGACCAUGCCGAAGGUGUACGGCCAGGCCAACCUGAACGACUCUCACAACCAGAUGGUCGUCCACUGGGCCGGGGAGAAGAGCAAUGUCAUUGUAGCCUUGGCCCGGGACAGCGCUGGAGCAACGGGGCCCAAAACUAGCUCUGUUUAUGUCUCGUAUGACUAUGGGACCACCUUCACACUGGUCUCAGACAGGUUCCAGCUGAUGGGGUCCAAGGUCAAAGACGACAGCAAACAGGUCAUCUCACAGUUUUACCACAGCCCUGCAGACAACAGGAGGUAUCUGUUCGUCGACUCCACCAACAACUACCUGUGGAACACCUUUGACUUCUGUAAGAGUGUCCAGGGCUUCUCGCUGCCCUUCAAACCCACCGACCUGCUGCUGCACAGCCGGCGGUCCAACCUGGUGCUUGGCUACGACAGUUCCCACCCCAACAAACAGCUGUGGAAAUCAGACGACUUUGGGGAGACGUGGGUGUUGAUCCAAGAGCACGUGAAGACCUACUUUUGGGGUGUGGAGCCCUAUGACCCCCCUACCACAGUAUUGGUCCAGAGACACGAGCCUCACGAUGUAUCCACCAUCCUCAGCAGCACAGACUUCUUCCAGAGUGAACAGAACCUCAAACUGAUCCAGGAACAAGUGGAUAGCUUCCAGCUCAGAGAUAAAUACAUGUUCGCCACCACCACAAGGAAACUGUAUGGCAGCCACGAACCUUCGUCUGUUCAGCUCUGGGUGUCCUACAACCGCCAACCCAUGAAAGCGGCCCAGUUUAUGACCCGGCAUCCAAUCACAGAGUACUACAUUGCGGAUGCAUCUGAGGAUCAGGUGUUUGUCUGCGUGAACCACCUGAACAACGUCACUCACUUGUACAUCUCAGAUACACAGGGCCUGUCCUUCUCGCUGUCUCUGGAAAAUGUUCUGUAUUACAGUCCUGAGGGCUCUGGCAGCAAUACACUCAUCAGGUACUUUGCCAAUGAGCCUUUUGCAGACCUGCACCGAGUGGAGGGGCUGCGGGGCGUCUUUAUCGCCACACUCAUCAACGGCUCAGUCAGCGAGGACAACAUGCGGUCCGUCAUUACUUUUGACAAGGGAGGGACAUGGGAGCUGCUUCAGCCGCCUGCUGCCGACAGCCUGGGAGGAACCCUGGACUGCCAGCUCAGUAAAGGUUGCUCCCUCCACUUGGCCCAACGCUGGAGUCAGCUAUUUAACAUCCAGCUGAGGAGGAUGCCCAUUUUGUCCAAGGACUCUGCACCAGGACUCAUCAUGGCCACAGGAUCUGUAGGGAAAAACUUGGCCAACAAGCCCAAUGUUUAUGUAUCCAGCAGCGCAGGAGCUCGGUGGAAAGAGGCGCUGGCAGGUCCACAUUUCUAUACAUGGGGUGACCACGGUGGUAUUCUCAUGGCUAUUGCACAAGGAGGGGCCACCACACAUCUCAAGUUCAGCACAAACGAAGGAGAGACAUGGACUGACUUCCAGUUCUCUGACCGGGAGGUGUACGUCUACCAGCUACUGACUGAACCUGGAGAGAAGAGCACCAUCUUUACCAUCUUCGGCUCUUAUGCCGAACAGAGACAUAGCUGGCUCAUUCUGCAGGUCAACACCUCCGACGUUUUGGGUGUGCCCUGUUCUGAGGCUGACUACAAGCGCUGGUCUCCAUCAGAUGAACAUGGAAACGAGUGUCUGUUAGGAAGAGAGAUAACGUUUAAGAGGAGGGCUCCACACGCUACAUGUUUCAAUGGAGAGGACUUCGACCGACCCGUCACCAUCUCCAACUGCUCCUGCACCCGACAGGACUAUGAAUGCGACUAUGGCUUCAAGCUGAGUGAAGACUUGUCUCUUCAGGUGUGUGUGCCCGACCCUGAGUUUUCGGGCGACCUCUACGCUCCUCCAGUUCCAUGUCCUGUCGGUACCACCUAUCGCCGCAGCAAAGGAUACAGGAAGGUGCCCGGUGACAGCUGUAGUGGAGGAGAUGUGGAGGCCCGACUGGAUGGAGAGAUGCUGCCUUGUCCUGUUGGAGAGAGUAAUGAGUUCAUCCUGUAUGCGGUGAGGAACUCCAUCCACCGAUACGACCUGGCCACAGGCAACGACCAGGCAUUGCCUCUGGCCGGCCUCAGGGAGGCGGUGGCUCUGGACUUCGAUUAUGACAGGAACUGCCUGUACUGGGCUGACAUCUCACUGGACACCAUACAGCGUCUGUGUCUGAAUGGCAGCACGGGCCAAGAGAUCGUAGUGAGGAAAGACCUGCAGAAUGUGGAAGCCCUGACCUUUGACCCCAUCAGUCGACUGCUGUAUUGGGUUGAUGCAGGAGCUCAGAAGAUUGAGGUUUCUAAUCCUGACGGGGACCUCCGUCACACCCUGCUCAACUCCUCCAUCCUGGAACAUCCCAGAGCCCUGGUUCUGCUCCCUGGGGACAGUCUGAUGUUUUGGACCGACUGGGGCGACCGAGCAGCCGGCGUUUACCGCAGCUACAUGGAUGGGACCAACGUGUCCUGCAUUGUGUCAGAAGGCGUCCGCUGGCCCAACGGGAUCACAGCUGAUGACAACUGGCUUUACUGGACUGAAGCCUACAGUGACCGCAUCGAGAGGGCUGACUUCUCCGGAGGCCAGCGUAGUGUUCUCAUGGAAGGGCUGCCACAUCCAUACGCCAUAGCCGUCUUCAAAAAUGAUUUGUACUGGGACGACUGGUCUAGAAUGGGCAUCUUCAAAGCUCCAAAAGCUGGCUCCCAGAGUAAUGAGCUGAUUGUUGGCAGGCUGACAGGAGUCAUGGAUCUCAAGAUCUUUUAUAAAGGGAAGAACAGAGGGCGUAACGCCUGUGUGGACCAGCCCUGUAGCCUGCUCUGUCUGCCUCAGCCCGGACACCGGCACACAUGUGUUUGUCCAGAUGGCGCCCCGACUGUAACCAUGCCCAACGGAGACCUGCAGUGCCAGUGUCCCAUGGGAUACCAGCUCCAAAACAAUACUUGUGUCAAGACUGAGCACAGCUGUUUGCCAAACCAGUACCGCUGUUCCAACGGACGGUGCAUCAGUAGUAUCUGGAAGUGUGACAGCGACAACGACUGUGGAGACAUGAGCGAUGAACAGGAGUGUCCCACUACAACCUGUGACCCGACCAACCAGUUCCGCUGUGUGGCCUCAGGCUCCUGCAUUCCACUGGCCUUUAAAUGUGACCAUGAAGAUGAUUGUGGGGACAACAGCGAUGAAGAGCACUGUGAGUCUCACCAGUGUGGCCCAGGGGAGUUCACAUGUGCAAGAGGUGUUUGUAUCCGUGAGGCCUGGCGCUGUGAUGGAGACAAUGACUGCAGAGACUGGUCCGAUGAGGCCAACUGCACAGUGGGCCAUCAUACAUGUGAAGCCAGCAGUUUCCAGUGUCACACUGGUCACUGCAUCCCACAGCGAUGGAAGUGUGAUGGUGAUGACGACUGUCAGGAUGGCUCAGAUGAAGACCCUCAGCACUGUGAGGGAACUCGGUGUAAAGGCUUCCUCUGCUCCAAUGAUACAUGCCUGCCCAUCACAGCCCACUGCAAUGGUAUCCAAGAGUGUCCAGAUGGUGCUGAUGAGCACAACUGUGAUCCCCUGUGCACCCGCUACAUGGAGUUUGUGUGCAAGAACAGAGCCCAGUGUCUGUUUCAGUCACUGGUUUGUGAUGGAGUCAAACACUGUGAAGACGGAUCCGAUGAAGACACCGAGUAUGCAGGAUGUGCCACACCAUCUGAGUUCAGCAAAGUAUGUGAUGCCUACACCUUCCAGUGUGCCAACGGGGUAUGCGUGAGCCUUGAAUGGAAAUGUGAUGGCAUGGAUGACUGCGGGGAUUACUCUGAUGAAGCCAACUGCGCUGCUCCCACUGAGGUUCCAGGCUGUUCCAGGUAUUUUCAGUAUGAGUGUAAGAACGGUCGCUGUAUUCCCACUUGGUGGAAAUGUGACAGAGAGAACGACUGUGGAGACUGGUCUGAUGAGGCCCAGUGCACAGGAGGGGUCACUCCUCACACUGUGGCCCCUGGGCCCUCAACGUGUGCCCCCAACCGCUUUCACUGUGGCUCUGGAGCUUGUAUCAUCAACACCUGGGUGUGUGACGGCUACGCUGACUGCCCUGAUAGCAGCGAUGAGCUUGGAUGUCCAACAGUUAAUACAACAGCGGCACCAGCACCCACCCUCGCCCCACUGCCUCCUCCAUCUCCGGGCCGUUGCACUCGGGGCCAGUUCCUUUGUCGUCGACCUGCACACUGCAUCCCAGACUGGCAGCGCUGUGACGGCCAGGUCAACUGCCAGGAUGGGUCAGAUGAAGCCCACUGCCCUACUCGUGGGCCUCUGUUCUGUGUAAAUGGGACUCGGUGUGCAGAUGGUGAGGCCUGUGUGUUGGACAGUGAGAGGUGCGACACCUUCCUGGACUGCUCCGACCACAGUGAUGAAGACAACUGCACCUCGGACACUCUGGUCUACAAAGUCCAGAAUCUCCAGUGGACUCCUGACUUCUCCGGUGCCAUCACCCUGACUUGGUCUCGCCCAAAGAACCUUCCUCUGGACUCCUGUUACUUCCUUAUCUCCUACAGGCUGGUGGGUGCCCAGCAGUGGACCGUCAUGGACACUCACAGCAACAAAACCAGCUACAAGCUGACUGUGCUGAAACCAGACACCACCUACCAAGUCAAGGUGCUCACUCAGUGCCUCAGUAAGCUGCACAAGACCAAUGAGAUGAUCACAGUCAGGACACCAGAGGGACUUCCUGACCCCCCCAGGAACCUGCAGCUAUGUUGUGAUAAUGAAGAAGAAGGAACAGUGCAGGUGUCUUGGAGUCCUCCUGACAAAGGACACGGCCUCAUCAGAGAGUACAUUGUUGAAUACAGUGAGAAAGGCGGUCUGGACUGGAUGUCACAAAGAUGCAUCACAACCAGCACUGAGGUGAAGGAGCUACGGCCUGACACCAUGUACAGUUUCAGGGUGGCAGCCGUCACAAGUCGAGGCCUGGGGAACUGGACCGAGAUUAAAUCCAUCACGCCCAAAAAAGCUCUUCCUCCUCCUUCUGUGAUUGCCGACAGCAUUGGUGACGACUCCAUGAGCCUUUCAUUCAGCUUUAACUCCCAGUAUGAAGUGAAACAGUACGCAGUGGUUCUGUCCUGGCAGUUUGACACACAUGUGCAGGAGAGGAAGAACUACACAGUAAAGGAGAAGGUUCUCAAAGCUACCAACUUGACAGCAGGGACAGUGUAUGAGGUGGCGGUGUGGGCUCAGACCAGUAUAGGAGACAGUCCUACUGCACUGUCCCAUCAUCAGACCACCGGCAGCCAGCCAGACAGACCCUUAAUCAAAACCCGGGCCCUCAACCAGACAGCUGUGGACUGCAGCUGGACCAUCAACAGCCGCCACCCUGCACAGGUGUUUGGUGUGUUUUAUGCCACUUCCUUCCUGGAUCUGUACCGCAAUCCUCGUAUGGUCCGCACCACCUCCCUCAACAUUAUAGUCACAGUAGAAAGUGAUGAGCAGUACCUGUUCCUGGUGCGUGCCAUUGUUCCUUACAUCGGUCCUCCCUCUGAAAACAGCGUGGUGAAAAUGAUUCCCAAUGAGAGGCUGCCACCCAGAAACCUCCACCGCGUACGAGUAGACAAGACGCAGGCCACGCUGAAGUGGCAGCCGCCGUACGACUCCCCCAACACGGAUCUGACAUAUGCGAUCCAUGUGCGGGAUGUGAUUCGAAAGGAGGAGAAGGACUACAAGGUGAUCACCAAGAACAACACAGUAGAGUACCUGCUGAAAGGUCUGGAGCCUGGAGGACGUUACAGCAUCUCCGUCCGCCUCCGCAACAUGAGCAAGGAGGCCAGCUUCACUCUGAGCACAGUUCCCCUUCCAGCUCCAGAAGCCCUGAAGAUAUUGACAGAGAAAGACCAUGUUUUCCUCUUCUGGAAGAGUCUGGCUGUCAGAGAGAAAGGCUUCAAUGAGAGCAGGGGUUAUGAAGUGCAUGUGUACGAUAGCAUUACCAACAAGACGUCCUACCUGGGAAACACCACGGAGACCUACUUCCGCAUUAGCAGCCUACUGAUGGGACACAACUACACGUUCUCUGUGCAGGCUCGCUGCCUUUUCAACGGUCAGCUGUGUGGAGAGCCUGCACUGCUGCUCUAUAACCAGCUAGGAAAAGCAGCCAGUGAUGCAUCUCAUGGCGAGGGCCACUCAGGGGACAUGGCCGCCGUGGUCGUCCCUGUCCUCUUCCUGCUCCUGCUCGGAGUCUGCGGUGGCCUGAUGGUGCUCUACCUCCGACACCGCCGCCUCCAGAACAACUUCACCGCCUUCGCCAACUCGCAUUACAACUCCCGCCUGGGCUCGGCCAUCUUCUCCUCUGGGGAUGAACUGGGUGAUGAUGAUGAAGAUGCUCCUAUGAUCAGUGGCUUCUCAGAUGAUGUACCUAUGGUCAUCGCGUAGCAAGACAUCCCUCCAUCGUCUGUUUCUUUCUUCCCUCCUUCCCUCCUCUUCUUCUUCCACUUACCUUCUAUCCCUGUCACUCCCCAUCAAUGGCGCAGAAGGACAGACUGAGGAGAAUGCAGGUGCAAACUUUGCCGUCGAUAUCCCAGAUUUGUAGAUGGAAAACCACCUGAUAAGCAGCGAAACCUGAAGAAAAAUGGAAAAGAGUAAAGAGAGAAAGAGAUAUUUUUCAAAUAUAUGAUGCACUUUUUUGGAUGCGCAAUAACUUAUUUUUUAUAAUAUUAAAUAUAUAUAUGGGGUCAAAAAAAGGACUGAAAGGAAGAGGUGGACACUGAAGCAAACUGUGAAGGAUUUGAGUUUGUUGAGCGCACCAGGGAAAGAGAGACCCUAUUUGUAAUGCAAACUCACUAUCCAUAGGAGCGGUACAUCGCUUAAAGCCAAAAUAAGCAUCCACAGACUGGAGUAUAGAAUGCAAAAAAAAAAAAAAAAAAAAAAAAAAAACACACAUAAACACAGA